GCGCCAGCCGCAAUGGUGCGGGUGCGGGGGCUUCGUGGUUACAGCGUGUUCUUCAGCUCCGGGUUGAAGCCGGAGCCGGAGCCGGAUUCCGCGCCGAGGGCCACGUCAACCUAAACCUACACCGCCCUCCCCACCCUGUUGGGCCCGCAGGUCCUUAGGCGAAUCCUCCCAAGCUGCGGCCUCCCCACCUUUCCCACAAUGCCCCGCGCCAGGCCCCGCCCCGCCUCGCCUAGGAGACCGCCGCGCGAGGCGCAGACCGGAGCCGGUCGCGCAGCUAGCUGCCGGUGUGGCUGGUCCAGCCCCAUCCCGGGCGCGGCGGCCCAGCGGUCAGCGAGUACGUGCUUCCUUCCGAAACGCAUAGGUUGUGUUUGGCCGUGUGGGGUCCGCCCCCGGGGAUUGAGGAUGGGGAAGUAGCUGCAGGAGACGACCCCGCAACACCGAGGUUUUUUUGGUGACGUGAAAAGGAAGGAUUAGAAAUGAAUCGAAAACCGUCCACAGAUUAACAUUUGGGGAGACAAUUUAUGAUGCCUGUUUCACUUUUGGAGUAAUGUGGACACAAGUUCUCAAAUUUGUAUAUUACAUCAACUGGAACCAGUGGCCUUAUCUUAAUGUUUAUUUAAAUCAGAACUUGUACAAGAAAAACAAUGGGAAUCUGGUUAAAUAAAGAUGACUAUGUCAGAGACUUGAAAAGGGUCAUGCUCUUUUUUCUAAUAAUGUAUAUGGCCAUUUUAGUGGGUACAGAUCAGGAUUUUUACAGUUUACUUGGAGUAUCCAAAACUGCAAGCAGUAGAGAAAUAAGACAAGCUUUCAAGAAAUUGGCAUUGAAGCUACAUCCUGAUAAAAACCCGAAUAACCCAAAUGCACAUAGUGAUUUUUUGAAAAUAAAUAGAGCAUAUGAAGUACUCAAAGAUGAAGAUCUGCGGAAAAAAUACGACAAAUAUGGAGAAAAGGGACUUGCAGAUAAUCAAGGAGGCCAGUAUGAAAGCUGGAAUUACUACCGUUAUGAUUUUGGUAUUUAUGAUGAUGAUCCUGAAAUCAUAACAUUGGAUAGAAGAGAAUUUGAUGCUGCUGUUAAUUCUGGAGAACUGUGGUUUGUGAACUUUUACUCCCCAGGGUGUUCACACUGCCAUGAUUUAGCUCCCACAUGGAGAGACUUUGCAAAAGAAGUAGAUGGAUUGCUUCGAAUUGGAGCAGUUAACUGUGGCGAUGAUAGAAUGCUUUGCCGAAUGAAAGGAGUCAACAGUUAUCCCAGCCUCUUCAUUUUUAGGUCUGGAAUGGCUGCAGUGAAGUACCAUGGUGACAGAUCAAAAGAAAGUUUAAUGAAUUUCGCCAUGCAGCAUGUUACAAGCACAGUGACAGAAUUAUGGACAGGAAAUUUUGUUAACUCCAUACAAACUGCAUUUGCUGCUGGUAUUGGCUGGCUGAUCACUUUUUGUUCCGAAGGAAGCGAUUGUUUGACCUCACAGACACGUCUCAGGUUAAGUGGUAUGUUGGAUGGUCUUGUUAAUGUAGGAUGGGUGGACUGUGCCACCCAGGACAACCUUUGUAAGAGUUUGGAUAUUACAACAAGUACUACUGCCUAUUUUCCUCCUGGAGCCACUUUAAAUAACAAAGAGAAAAGCGGUAUUUUGUUUCUUAAUUCAUUGGAUGCUAAAGAAAUUUAUUUGGAAAUAAUGCAUAAUCUUCCAGAUUUUGAACUUCUUUCAGCAAAUACACUACAGGAUCGUUUAGCUCAUCAUCGGUGGCUCUUAUUUUUUCACUUUGGACAAAAUGAAAAUUCAAAUGAUCCUGAGUUGAAGAAACUAAAAACUCUACUUAAAAAUGAACAUAUUCAAGUUGGCAAGUUUGACUGUUCCUCUGCACCAGACGUCUGUAGUAACUUCUAUGUUUUUCAGCCAUGUCUCGCAGUAUUUAAAGGACAGGGAACCAAAGAAUUUGAAAUUCAUCAUGGUAAGAAGGAAAAAAUGAUUUAUAACAUUCAGGCUUAUCCAACAACAGUGGUAUUCAACCAGUCCAACAUUCAUGAAUAUGAAGGACAUCACUCUGCUGAACAGAUCUUGGAGUUCGUAGAGGAUCUUAUGAAUCCUUCUGUGAUCUCUUUGACACCUACCACUUUCAACGAACUGGUUAAACAAAGAAAGCAUGAUGAAGUCUGGAUGGUUGAUUUCUAUUCUCCAUGGUGUCAUCCAUGUCAAGUCUUAAUGCCAGAAUGGAAAAGAAUGGCCCGGACAUUAAUUGGACUGAUCAAUGUGGGCAGUAUAGACUGCCAACAAUAUCAUUCUUUUUGUGCCCAAGAAAAUGUUCGGAGAUACCCUGAGAUAAGAUUUUUUCCCCAAAAAUCAAAUAAAGCUUAUGAAUAUCAUAGUUACAAUGGUUGGAAUAGAGAUGCUUAUUCCCUAAGAAUCUGGGGUCUAGGAUUUUUACCUCAAGCAUCUAUAGAUCUAACACCUCAGACUUUCAAUGAAAAGGUUUUACAGGGGAAAAACCACUGGGUGGUUGAUUUCUACGCUCCUUGGUGUGGACCUUGCCAGAACUUUGCUCCAGAGUUUGAGCUCUUGGCUAGGACGAUUAAAGGAAAAGUGAAAGCUGGAAAAGUAGACUGUCAGGCUUAUGCUCAAACCUGCCAGAAAGCUGGUAUCAGAGCCUAUCCGACUGUGAGACUGUAUCCUUAUGAGAGGACAAAGAGAAAUACUUGGGGAGAGCAAAUAGAUUCCAGAGAUGCAAAAGAGAUUGCUACCUUAAUAUAUGAAAAAUUGGAAAAGCUCCAAAAUCAUGAAAAGAGAGAUAAGGACGAACUUUAAUGAUGAAAAUGAAGAAAAACUUGAAAAGAAAUCGACAGAUGACAUCAGAAGAUACCUUUUCAGAAAGUUACUUAUAUUCAUGAUGGGAAUAAAUGAAACUUAUCUUGGACUUGUAAUUGCACUGCCUGAAUUCUGUACAACAUUGAUAUAAAUGAAAGGUCUGCAGACUUUUCUAUAAAGGGCCGGAUCAUAAAUAUUUUAGGCUCUGUAGACCAUAUAUGGUUCUUUGUUACAUAUUCUCUGGUUUGGUUUUGUUUACAACCCUUUAAAAAAUGUAAAAACCAUUCUCGACUCAGGGCUGUGUACCAAUAGGCCACAAGCCACACUCAGCCUGUGGGCCACAGGUUACUGACUCCCAGAACGGUGUUUAGGCUAGCUGGCCUAAGUGAUUAAAGUGUAUUUUAUCACUUAAUGUUUUGUAGCUGACCUGUAAAGAGAACUUGGUUUUCAGUCACCUGUUCUAAAAAAAAUCUCUGAGAUUGAUGUUCUGACCAUGUAUUAUUUAAAAAAACAUUCAAAAUGUGGGAAAACCAUCUUUCUAAAGGUUGAAGAAUUGGUUGUAAUUUUUCACAUAUAAGAAAAAAACUUUCUAACAGUAAGUAAACAAAUCCUAUUGACUUACACAGUAUUCAUAAAUACCUGAGGGGGAAAAUAUAUAUAUAUAUAUAUAUAGUAAUUAACUGGGCAUUGUAAACUGGGCAUUGUAAACUAUCUCAAGUAUUUCUAUGUUUUAAAGAUAAGUGUUCAUUUAUUUUUUGAGCUGCUUUCAUAAUAGUUUUUCCCUGUGAUGGUAAUUGAUUUUUUGAAGCAUCUUUCUAAUAAUUCAUUUUUAGCUUCUGGGCUUUGAUGUGUGUCCUUUAUUUACAUUUGCCUUUUUUCCUUCAUAGUUGUUUUUCACUCUUCCAAACUUUAUUAGUCAAGAAGGAAAAAUUUUGUUCGUUUCACUAUAGCUCAUAAUGAUACUGUGGUUAUUUCAAUUAUUUACUGUUGGAGGCUGCCAUUUUCAGGUAAAUAUUGGCAUAAUAACUGAAGUUAUUUCUGUAAGAAAAUCAAGUAUAAAAGUAUAAGAAUGGGA